CAAUAUAUGAUUUUUUUUUUUUGUGUGUGAUUUCAGCAUCAUCAUUGACUUUGGAAAGAAAUAUAUAGUAUACUCAUUAUUCUGCUUAACCUUUAAUUGAACGAUACAUAUCUAAAAGGCUUUACCUUAAGGUUGUAAGACUUUUGCAGCUCAGUCCACGAUGUUUCCAGCCUCUACAAGAUGGACCGACCCAAUUUGAUAGAUAAAUAUGUUUGUUUUACUAGGAAAGAGAGCUCUUUACAAGCCACAUUUGUAACUUGUAAGAGAUAACUAGAUUUUGUUAGCAAUGUUUGAGUCAGUUCCUGAACAAUAUAGUGAAACUUGAGAAGAGAGAAUUGUUAAAAUUUUAGAUUACUAAAAUAGUAUUUACAAGCAUUAAACAUAUGCUACAACAUCAGGUUACAUAUGUAUCACAUUAAUGCCAAGUUCUGGCUAUCUCUGAUCAAGAAGUUGAGUCAUGUGUUGCGGAAGCCGCACAAAACGCAUCCAAAUAUGUUAGCGCCUAAAAUGUUGUGUAAAAAUGAAGAAAUAGAGUUUUGUGGGAUUCUAUUUUUUCUUUUCUUUUGUAAUAUCUACUAUAUGCAAACAGUUAGUUGGAACAUGCACAUUGCAUGACAAGACAGUCAGAUUGAGAGAGAGAGGAGCAAAACAUAAACGCCAUUUUCGUUCUGCAACUACAUUCAUGUUUUCAUUUUAUAUAAAUAACAUCUCAUGAACAUUCAGAACUUGUUUCUUAAUCUGACAGCUCUCAUCUCCUCAGAAUUCAGUCCCUUUAGUGCCUCACAUGUGCUUAUAGAGAUUUAGCACUAAGGAGACGCAGAAGAGAUGAGGGCUAAAGCUGCUUCAGGGAAAGCCAUAAUAGUGUUGUGUCUUGCUAGCUUUCUUGCAGGCUCACUGUUCAUGAGUCGAACUUUGAGUCGCUCUUACAUAUUUGAAAAAGAGGAUCACCAUCUCACAAAGCAUCUGUCUACUAAACAUUUAGAGAUUCAAAAGGACUGCGAUGAACAUAAACGCAAGUUAAUAGAAAGCAAAUCCAGAGACAUAAUAGGAGAAGUAUCGAAAACCCACCAAGCAGUAAAAUCAUUGGAGAGAACAAUGUCAACGUUGGAUAUGGAGUUAGCAGCAGCACGUACCAGCGAUAGAAGCAGUGACUUCUGGAGCGAACGGUCAGCAAAAAACCAGAGUCUACAAAAAGUGUUUGCAGUGAUAGGCAUCAACACAGCUUUCAGCAGCAAGAAAAGACGAGACUCGGUGAGGCAAACAUGGAUGCCAACAGGCGAGAAGCUAAAAAAAAUCGAGAAAGAGAAAGGGAUUGUUGUAAGGUUUGUGAUAGGACACAGUGCAACACCAGGGGGAGUGCUAGACAAAGCCAUUGAUGAAGAAGAUUCAGAGUAUAAAGAUUUUUUGAGACUAAAACACAUUGAAGGAUAUCACCAACUCUCAACAAAGACAAGACUAUACUUCUCAACAGCAACUGCAAUGUAUGACGCAGAGUUCUAUGUAAAAGUGGACGAUGAUGUUCAUGUCAAUUUAGGUAUGCUUGUUACAACACUUGCGAGAUAUCAAUCAAGACCGAGGAUAUACAUUGGAUGCAUGAAGUCUGGUCCUGUUCUUUCACAAAAGGGAGUAAAGUAUCAUGAGCCAGAGUUUUGGAAAUUUGGAGAAGAGGGCAACAAGUACUUUAGGCAUGCGACUGGACAGAUUUAUGCAAUCUCAAAGGACUUAGCUGCAUAUAUCUCCACUAACCAGGGAAUACUGCACCGGUACGCGAACGAGGAUGUGUCGUUAGGAGCGUGGAUGCUAGGGUUAGAAGUGGAGCAUGUGGACGAGAGGUCAAUGUGUUGCGGAACACCACCGGAUUGUCAGUGGAAGGCACAAGCCGGAAACGUGUGUGCAGCGUCGUUCGAUUGGUCUUGCAGUGGGAUAUGUAAGUCUGUUGAUCGAAUGGCUCGUGUACACCGAGCUUGCGCAGAAGGAGACACACCUCUCGCUAAUUUUCGCUUUUUGUAUUGAGGUUUCACUUUAAACUUUGCAUAGUUAAAAGAAUAAUGAAAGUAAAAAAUACUAAUAAUAAUAAAAAACAUGAGAGACAUGA